AUGGCGGAGGGGUACGUUGUUGGAGGAGGGGAGGAAAUGGGUGGGAGAUCGGCGGAUGUCAAGAACGACGAAGGGGAGGGGAAGGGUGCGACAGCGGAUCUCGGUGAGGUCGGCGUGGAGGCAGCUCACGGAGGUGGUGGCAUGGUCGAGGUCGGUGAAGGGGAUAACGCCGCGGUCCCGAAGCAGAGGGGCGUGGAUGUGCAUACCGAUGCUACCGCAGAGAAGGCCGGGGGGGAGCGGUCUAGGAGGAAGAAGGCGGCGAGCGGUCAUCCCGAUUCCACCGCGGCUGGGCGGCAGGCAUGGCUGGACGUCGUCGAUCAGCUGAGAGCGGAGAACAGGCGAUUGCGUGCAGACAAUGCACGCCUUGAACGGCGGCUCGGUGAGCAGACGGGGCGGGUCGACAGCUUGGCGGCGGCAUUAGCUGGGCUCCUCGAGAAGGUGAAGGGUUUGACCGCCCAGGUCGCCGACACCGACCGGAAAUCGGAGGAGCGCCUCAAAGAGGCCACGUCGACCAUGGCGACCACAAUCACCGAGGGCCUCACCGACAACAUGGACAGCGCAAUUCAAUCAGCCAAUUCCUUCGCCGAGCUAGCGAGGCAGAUGCUGCUGGAUCUUGACGACCCCAAGGGACGAGCAACGGUCGCACGCGCGACCGCGGUGAAGACAUUGACCGAGCACGUGACGGCUGAGGUGGGCGAGGCGAGGAAGGGGUUGGAGGAGUCAUUCAUCAAAUACAUCGGCGCCGCGCGGACCAACAUUGCCGCCGCCGUCUCGCCCCGCCUAGUCCAGCCGCCGCCGCCGACCGCCCCAGCGCAGGCCUUGCCGGAAGAUUUCCUGAAGUCUUUCAUGGAGGACGUGCUGAAGGCGGUGACGGAGAUCACCCUGAAGAUAAUGACCGAGGUCGUCGGCACGGUGGCGACUGCUCGGCGUGGGUCGUCGCCGUCGGCAAACGACGCCGGCCAAGCGCAGCCUACGGAGGGCUUGAAGCUGGCCGGCGACGGCAGUUCGGGGAAGCAGUCGGGGAAGAGCGUGGUCGACAUCCUUAGGAAGCACUGGGCUGAGGUUGGAGCGGCCAGCACGGGCCAUGGUGGUGGGGGUCCCGCCGAUGAGCAUGCCACUGAUGACGCACUGCCAAUGGCUCCGCCUUCGGUCGCCGUUAAGCCAUUACGACAGGGUAGCGGUGAGAAAGGGCUGCGCGGCAAGGAGAAGGCCGCCGCCAAAACGGCCACAGGCGGGUCCGCUAAAGAUGGCCAGGGCCCGAAGACAGGGGUUGCGGAGGCGUCAGCUGUUCCUCACCAGUCUCCCGCGGGUGCACGCCAUCAAACCGGACCGUCUGCCGGGCGACCUGCCGACGUCCCGCACCAUGCCGACGUACCGUUUGCCGACAAGGUUGGCCGUGCGGGAAAAGGGGCAGCAGUUGCGGACGCGCUCAAGGAGCAGCUCAGGCUCCUAGCCGGCCACAGGGCUGUUCAACAGCCCCCCCCUGCUGUCGACGUCCCAUCGGCCGCGUCAACUGCGAGGACUCAGCAGGCUUCUGGCUCUGGCACUAAGCCGUCGUCGGCGAAUGUCGCACCACCCACCCAUGUGGCAGCUGAUGUGGAGAAGGCAGCGGAGAAGGGCGUUCGUGCCGCGCUUGCCACCGGCGGUGGCGCCGUUGAGGAGGUCCCCGCAGACGCUGAUAUCGCUGCCAUACAGACCCAUCUAGAUGCAGCCAAUCCCCGAACCCUGGCCAUCUCCGACACGGCACAUGUGGAGCCUUUGGCGGGACUCUUCGGCAUCGCGGCAGAGCCUAGUGUGACCGGUGAUGCGGUCGGUGAAGGAAAGUCGAAACGGAAGGGGAAGGCGGGCUCACAAAGGAAGACGCGGGAGAAGUCGGAGGUGAAGGCGGCGGAUAAAUAG